UUGGUUUAAUGGUAUCCGGGUGCAAACUGGAUCCUCUGCUUUUGCUUGAAGAAGAAACGUAAUUCGCACGCUCUUCUGGUUCAGCUUUCCCUUCCUAUGACAAAAGCUUCAAAAGCUACACAAAAAGUUGAUAACUAACAAAUACUCACAGUAAUAGAUCCAUUUCUCUCUCUUGAGAAAAGCAUUUUGAAAAAUUUCUCCUUUCUGUCGAAUUUUGAUCAGUUGACAAUCUACUAAACCCUAUUACUCGGAGAUCGUUUGCCCCUAGGUUUAUCCAUCCUGUGUUCUGGGUCCGUGGUUAAUCAUUUCCAUGUCUCGGAUGUAUGUAUGUCUCGUUUUGGUUUUGAGCCUGCUUUCUGGGACUGUGACUUCGGCAUCUUCCUUAUUGGGAUCAGCUCGUUCGAUCCUUCGGGACGUGAACGAUGAUAGUAAAAAUGGUGAUCCUCGAGAUUAUGCCGUUGAUUUGAACGCAACGACUUUCAGUGCAGUUCUGAAGGAUACGCCGGCUGCUUUUGCCAUUGUCGAAUUCUUUGCCCAUUGGUGCCCUGCUUGCAGGAAUUAUAAGCCGCACUAUGAAAAGGUUGCCAGGCUCUUUAACGGACCUGAUGCAGUGCAUCCUGGAAUAGUAUUAAUGGCAAGGGUAGACUGUGCAUUGAAGAUAAAUACUAAACUCUGUGAUAAGUUUUCUGUUAGUCAUUAUCCUCUGCUUCUUUGGGGUCCUCCUUCUAAAUUUGUUGCUGGUCAUUGGGAGCCAAAACAAGACAAAGUUGAUAUAUGGAUGAUUGAUGACGGGCGCACAGCUGAUAGGCUGCUUAAUUGGAUCAACAAGCAAAUGGGCAGUUCAUUUGGCUUGGAUGAUCAGAAAUUUGAAAAUGAGAAUCUUUCAUCCAAUGUGUCAGACCCUGAACAGAUUGCCAGAGCUGUCUAUGAUGUUGAAGAGGCAACUGCCAUAGCUUUUGACAUCAUCUCAGAGCACAAGAUGAUAAAGCCCGAAACCCGAGCUACACUCAUAAAAUUUCUUCAGCUUUUAGUGGCUCAUCAUCCUUCCAGGAGAUGUCGGAAAGGUGCUGCUGAAUUACUUGUGAACUUUGAUGACUUCUACCCAGCGGAUUUGCAGUCAGCUCAUAGUCAGGAAGAUGACAGUGGAAAUGUUGUGUCAAGGAACUUUCAGAUUUGUGGAAAAGAUGUGCCUCGUGGGUACUGGAUGUUCUGCCGCGGCAGCAAGAAUGAUACGAGGGGCUUUAGCUGCGGCUUAUGGGUUCUCCUGCAUUCGCUUUCAGUGAGAAUCGAGGAUGGAGAAAGUCAGUUUACAUUUAAUGCUACAUGUGAUUUUGUUCACAACUUUUUCAUCUGUGAGGAAUGUCGACAGCAUUUUUACAAGAUGUGUUUAAGUGCUAGUCCAAUCAACAAAGCUCGUGACUUUGCUCUCUGGUUGUGGAGUGCUCAUAAUAUGGUUAAUGAAAGGUUGAUGAAAGAAGAGGCAUCUCUGGGAACAGGUGAUCCAAAAUUUCCAAAGAUGGUAUGGCCUCCAAAGAAGCUCUGUCCUACUUGUUACCAAGACCUUGGCCGGAGGACCAACAGAAUUGAAUGGAACAAGGACGAGGUCUACAAGCUUUUGACUCAAUACUAUGGAGAAAAGCUUGCAUCUCUAUAUAAGAACAAGGGCAUAGCUGGAAAUGACGGAACCGAAGGGGCUGUUGAAGAUUUAAUAGCAUCAAGUAAUGCACUUGUGGUGCCUGUGGGAGCUGCAUUGGCAAUUGCUAUUGCUAGCUGUGGUUUUGGAGCACUUGCAUGCUACUGGCGUUCCCAACAAAAGAGUCGGAAGUAUUUUCACCAACUACACUCUUUAAAGAACAUAUGAUGAUUAGGAGGGUAAUGAAUUCUUUCAAACUUCCUCAAGUCACAGUAUUUUAACAUUGAUGUAUUACAAUCAGGGGGGUUAAUAUAUUUUCAUAAUUUUGAUUGAGAGUAGGCUUCUAGGGAUCAAAUUCAUGACUUACUGGUUAUGAAAGCUUUGAUACUAUACGAAACCACUUAAUCAUGGAUGUUCCAGAACCAUGUCAGUGGCAAUUUAGGAGAUGAUUUGAGUUUCUCUUUUAAUGUUUUCAUGUUUCAAGCCAAAGGGGAAAUAGAAGUAGAAUUAGCUGAGAAGAAUACAGAGGAAUACAGACAAGGCGAAUAUCGGUUUUGUUCAACCCAAAUUAUGGUCACUUGCUCCCAAGAGAAUGGCCAAGUUCCUUUUUGAGAUGUACAGAAUAUGAUUCUUAGCUGCUUACAUUUCGACUAGAUUAUUAUUGAUCAUGGAUCUUAUUUUCACUAGCUUUAUUUGGGCAAUGGUCACUUCUAGUUCAACUUGGAAAAAUUUGGGAUGAAAGGAGUAUCAAGGUGUGAAAUUUUUGUGAAGAUUAGUUUCUGAUUUCCCUUUCAUGAUCAAAAGCAACUUGCAUAAGUUAAGAGGAGGGGUUUACAUUCUUGAUGGUUCAUUUUUAUACCUGACACUCGAAUGAAUUAAUAUCAGCCUUCUUGUCA